GUCAUAGCAGCUACGUUAGAACGUUAAGUUGCUAGGAAUUGAUAGAAGCCAAUAGGUAGUAAACAAACCCUUAAAAUACGCGGCGCAGGCUUGCCGCCACCAAAUAUUCCACCAUCAUUGCCCCCCUUUCAUUGAUUUGUGACAUCUAGGGUACUUAUACCCCCGUCUUCGUCCCUAAUUUGGCAUUGAUGCAGUGCAAAUCAAUUGAUCGUUAUUUUCUCUAUGGUAGAUCUCACAAUGUCGUCAUCCUUUCGAUUCCUCAGUCUUCCCCCUGAGCUCAGACACAUGAUAUACACAGAAUAUGUGUAUAUUGACGGCGGCUAUGUACUUGAUUCACCGGGCUGGAAACUCACGGGUGCCGGUAGGCCCAAACACCAGUUUGCGCUCCAGGGUACAUGCAAAUUCAUACAUGAAGAAAUGCAAGGCCUCGCCCUUCGUCACAAUACUAUCACAUUCUCUGCCCUGUGGUCUUGGUGGGAGAGCGUACAGGCGAGCCGCUGGCAAAGACUUAUGUGCACUGGCCCGAUGACGGCAUUUGAUCUCCAGAUAAUGAUGGCGUGGUACAAGAGGGAGACAAUCGAUGAUGAUAUGAGGGAACGUAUAGCUCGUGAUUACCCGUGCUUCUUGCCACAUUUAGACUGGCUGAGAGGGCCACAUCCUCCUAUUCCCGCCAAGGACAACGACGACGACAGAGAAAAGAUCUUCAACCAGCUCGGCGAGAGACCGUCGCUGUUCCGCAGCUACCUGUGGGAUAUCUUGGGCCCACACCCUAACGAUUACUGUCGCGACUUCCCUUGGGCCAUACUUCCCGCAUCUGAACUUGAUAAGCUAGCCUCUGAUUUAGAAAAGAAGUAUCGUAAUAGAUUCCCGGAAGAAUCGUCUCGAACUAAGGAGUAUUGGGAAGUUCCAUCAGACGAUCAACGGUGGAAUUAUCGAUUCUCGGCAGCCGCGUAUGCUAUCGAGUUUCUUCGCCGGCAUCCGUCUAUUCGACGUCACAUGGUCAGUAUCUUGCCCGACUCUUGAGGCCUAAGGGGCUCAUCCCAGAGGGCCUAGGGCGUUUACCGAAAUAUAAGCUGACAAUUUAAUAGCGAAAGAUCAUCCUGGACGAAAGCUACGUCUCGGUUGCAUUUCCCGAGUGCCACGGAAGGGGACUUAUUGAGUUCUGCGAAGAAAACCCUUAUCUCCGCAUCGAGCGUC